UCAAACAAAGAUGGCCUCGGACGAUGGCUUAUCCCAGACCCAAACAAAUGUUUUACCCAGAGCACAACAAGAUGCUGAGAGUAAUGGGGUCUCGCCAGAGCAGCCGGAGAACGAGGAGGAUGUGGCCACCAGGCUUCCUGUCGACAUGUACUACCAGUACGAUGAACUCUACUCCAAACCCUUUGCAACGCCAGACUCAGACAUUCCUGAGAAUCUACUAAACCUCUCUCACUCGUUCGGAUAUGACUGUGGACGCAGAGCCAACCUACAGCUGCUGGACGAGAGCACCCUGGCCUUCAUCGCGGGGAACGUCCUGGUUAUGCUGGACAUUUCCACUAAGCAGCAGCACUACCUUCGCUCGUGUAGCGGCGGAGGGAUCGGCGCCAUCAUGUCCCACCCCAGCAAAGAAUACUUUGCUGUGGCGGAGAAGGGCCACCAGCCUUUCAUCGUGGUCUACGAAUAUCCCUCACUACAGCCCUACCGCAUCCUGCGAGGUGGUACCGCGCUAGCGUACAGUUACGUGGAUUUCAGCCCCGACGGCUCCCUGCUGGCCAGUAUGGGCAGUGCGCCCGACUACAUGCUGACCCUUUGGGACUGGAAACAUGAGCAGGUGGUGUUGCGCUGCAAGGCCUUUUCCCAGGAGGUCUACAGAGUGACCUUCUCCCCAGAAAACCCAGCACAUAUGACCACCUCAGGAUCUGGACACAUCAAAUUUUGGAAAAUGGCCAGCACGUUUACCGGCCUCAAGCUGCAAGGGCUUCUGGGAAUGUUUGGGAAGACAUCCCUCACUGACAUUGAAUGCUAUGUGGAACUACCUGAUGGAAAGGUGGUGUCGGGCUCAAAGUGGGGCAACAUGCUGGUGUGGGACGGGGGUCUGAUCAAGGUGGAGGUCUGUCGCAAGAAUAAGAAAACCUGCCACGCAGGGACCAUCCAGCAGUUUUCCCUGGACAAGGGCGAGCUCAUGUCCAUAGGAGCGGAUGGAGCUAUCAGGACGUGGGACUUUGAGAUCCUCAACACCGCCAACGCAAGCAACGACAGCGGCCUGUUUGAGAUGGAGCCCAUGAACGAGCUCCGGAUGGGGGGCAACGCCAGCCUCUGCUCCCUGGUCAAGAGCUCUGUGCCAGAAUCUUCCAUCUGGUUUGCACAGGACUCUAAUGGGGGAGUUUGGAGACUGGAUCUCUCCUUCUCCAAUAUUUCUGAGGAGCCCACGUGUCUGUUUACCUGUCAUGCUGGGGUCAUCCAGGGAAUGGAUGUCUCCAGGGCAAGUCACCUGAUGGCCACUACCGCUCUGGACUGCUCCGUCAAGGUUUUUGACUUUUUGUCCAAAACUGAACUGACCUGCAGCCAAUUCAAACAAGGCGGGACUGCACUCAUCUGGGCUCCAUCUUUGGUGAACGAGAAAGGCGGCUUGCUGGUGACGGGCUUCCAGGAUGGGGUUGUGCGGCUGCUGGAGCUGUUAGACCCCCAGGGGGUGCACGCACUGGCGGGCAGCGGGGACGCCGAGCUACGCCUCAAACAGGCCCUGAAGCCCCACAAUGCACCUGUGACCGCCAUCGCGUACGAGCGCAACGGGGAGGUGCUGGCCACAGGGAGCGCCGAAGGCACUGUGUUCUUCUUCGCCGUCGGGGAGGAGUACAAGCCUAUUGGUCUCAUCAAUGUCCCGGGACCGGUCCAGGGACUGGAGUGGUCCCCGUACUCUGACUGCAAGAGUACUCUCCUGGUGUUCUGUCGAAGUGGCCAUGUGGUGGAGGUGCAGCCUCCAGAGCCAGUGGACCAGAAUACCGCUAAGACGUACCGGCUGUCUGGGCUGCCCACCAGAACCUUCCACUUCAGGAGCAUCAGGUCUCGCAUUAAGAGGGAAGAAGAAGUGGCCCGUCGCCGAGUUAUUAAGGAGGCGAGGAGGAUCAAGAGCGAGGAGCGGCGGAGGAAGGCGAAGGAGCAGGGCCUAGAGCCCACAGAGGAGGACCUGCAGGAGGAGGAGGACGACGAAGGAGACCUACCUUCUAUCUUCAUCCCUGAACCCCCUAGUCCUCUGUUCUGUGGCUUCCGCUCUGAGCCCGGCAUGUUCUGGUUGUCCAUGGGGGGCUACGACUCAGGCUUCCUGUACCACUGCAGGUUCUCUGAGGAGGACCAAGACCGGGACCCCAAGGGGGAGCCCCAGGACGAGCCCUUCGCAUUCCUGGCGGUCCACAAUGCAGACGGCGACCCCAUCCACACCGUGUCCUUCAGCGAAGACCAGCAGCUGAUGCUGUGUGGGAUGCACUCGGGGGUCCUUCGGGCGUACCCGCUGGGCCCCGCGGACCAGCGGAGCCUGUCCUCCCUGGGGGCCUACUGGGCCCUCAGUCUCCACGACAACCAGUACGGCCACCUGCGGCACGCCCGCUUCAGCCACGACGGCCGCUUCGUGCUGACGGCGGGCGAGGACGGCAACAUCUUCUCCCUCAGCGUGCCCCUCCCCCGGGAGCACAGCCCGCCCGGGAGAGAGAGUCCCAGGGCCAAAGUGCCCUCGCCCAGGGAGGGUGUCGAGAUGGAGGGACAGGCGGUAGACAUUGAGGACGCAGCGGCAUACAGCAUUGAGACGGCUAAGCAGCGGCUGGAGUUGGACCGGUUGAAGCAGCAGGCGGAGGCCAGCAAGACGGAGCGGCGUGGGGAGAUGACCCAGCUGAGGAAACGCUUCAGGGAGCUGCUGAGGCUGAACGACGGCCUGCCGGAGCGCGUCCGCCUGCACCGCACGGAGUUUGAGGAGAGGCAGAUGCGCGAUGCGAUGGCGAGGGAGACGGAGGAGCGGGUGGCGGCCACCAGGAGAGAGCUGGCCUGGGAGCAGGAGCGCAACACCAUCGCCCUGGAGAAACUGCAGCAACGGUUCCGGGACGCGGUGUCGUGGGACACCAUAACGGUGUCAGCCGUGGACAGCGAGGACCGUGUCAGCACAUACCGCCUGCCGGCCCAGGUUGAGGUCAGAGGGCACGGGGCCUCUGGCGCCGGGGGGGCCAGGGACGGCCCGGGACAGCCCGGCACGCAGGGCCGCCGGGGGUCCAGGAUGGAGCCCGGGAAAGACGGCGGCAGGAAAGACGCGGCCGGGGAGAGACAGCACGCCUCCCACCUCUCAACGGGGAUGCCUGGGGGCCCCAAGGGGGCCGGCAUGCAGGCAGAGAGGCUCCAGCGUGCGGCCGAGAAGGCUGAGCGAGCCCAGGCGCAGAUCGACACCUGGAAGAAGAAGUGGGCCGAACUUUAUGCCGCCAAGCCGGAUGAGAACUGCGAGGACCCUGCCGACGUGCUGGCCAUCAAGCAGGCCAUAGAGAACAUGGGAGACUUCAAACUGAAGACGGACAAGGACUACAGCGUGCCGGAGCACCUGAGGACCAGCGCCGAUAAGAAGAGGGCCGAUCUGGUGACGCUGGAAGGCCAGGUCUACGCCAAGAAGACGGAGAUGAACGCUCGCGUCGUGGCUCUGCGGGAUGCCAAGGUGCGCCUGGUGUCCCGACAGCGCCGCUGGUCCCGGCGGCUACAGCGGGUCGGGCAGCAGCUGCCGCCGCACCUGGUCCGCCCCCUGCCGGCCCCGCUGGUCCUGCGCCCGGAGGAGGUGCCUGAGAGACGGCUGCAGUACAGCCGCGCCACCCUGGAGCGCUACGCAGCCCUGCGAGCUGACGGGCCCACCAAUCAGACACAGGAAGGGAAAGGUCCGACUCUUCUAGAACAGCUGGAGCAAGAGAUGCUGGGAGCAGAGGAGGAGGAAGAGGAGGACGAAGCUGAGGAAGAGGAUGGAACUCCCUACUCGGCAGUCAAGAGCAACGAUAUUCCAAUGCCUGUCGCAACGGAGCUUGAGAAGGAGUUGAGGAUGGAGCAGGAGAUCCGGUUGACGUACGAGCAAGACUGCCUUCUGGAGCAGAUGGCGGAGGCCAGGGCCGGGUUCGACGGCGAGCUGCGCCUGCUGCGCCACCAGAAGCUGGAGCUGGACUGCCAGGUGAAGCGGGCCGACCUGCAGCACGUCACGCUCUUCCAGGAGCUGCUGCUGCUGCAGGACUUUGAGGACAGCCAGAGCCCGCUGCAGGGGAGGCUGCAGGCGCACAGGGACGACCAGAGGGGCGUCAUGGACCAACUGGAUGGGUGUGGGGAGCAGCUGGAAGCCAAGCGGGAUGACAUUGGAAAGUUGCAGGAGAGCGACCAGGCGAUGAUGGCCGCCCUCCAAGUCUCGGUGGGAAAGAACCACCCGUUUUCAGAUUUCCUCACUCGAGUCUUUAAGAAGAAGAUCAAGCGCGUCAAAGCCAAGGAACCGGGUGAAGAGGAAGAGGAGGAGAUGGACAGUGAGGAGGAGGAGGAUGAAGACUCUGAUGAAGACGACAGCGUUUCCAACAGUGGCGAGGCUCUGGACGACAGCGUCUGUCCUCCCAACUGUGAGCUGGAGCUCUUUGAGAUGGUGAUCCAGAUGAGGGAGCAGCGUCUGGACCUGGAGGACCAUCUGGCCGAGGAAAAGGCCGCGGCAGAGAGCCUGAAGAAGGAGUACGACUCUCUAGCCAAGAAGUUGAAGGUGGUGCAGGCCAGUGUGAAGGCGGCUGAGGAGCAGCUGGAGAUGCUGAGCAGGGAGCUGCAGCAGAGGCUCAACCAGCUGUACGUGGUGGUCCCUCUCAGACUGCACCAGAUUGAGUUUGUGCGUGGCGGCACGGUGCCGUCGGACCUGUCCCAGGCGGUGGUGGUGGGCCGGGGCGUGGUGCCGGGCCUCCAGACGCGGGUCCAGGGGCUGCAGGCAGAGAAGCAGCAGCAGCGGGAGCAGUACCGCCUGGCCCGCCAGCAGAACGUCCUGCUGCUGCGCCACAGGGCCCACAUGGAGGCCCAGCUCCUCGAGGCAGAGCAGCGCUGCACCCUGAAGCAGAUGCAGAAGCUGGGCCGGCUGGUGGACGUGGAGGCCCUGCCCAGCCUGGUGGCCAACAUGAACCUCCAGCAGGAGAAGAGCCGCCUGGACACCCAGCUCAGAGAGGCCGCCCGCGCCAAGGAGGCCAAGCACUGGGAGGCUAAGCUGGACAAGGCUCAACAGGCCUUGAUGGAAGUGACCCGGGCUCACACUGAACGCCUGGUGAAAAAGAACACCCUUAUUUGCGGGAAGAGGAAACUGGAGGAACUGAUGAAAGUCAGGCAGAAGAAAAAGAGGGGGCGGUUUGACGGCCAGCGGCUGCGGGAGGACCUGGGGAGGCUGCGGCGGCUGGUGCGGACCCAGCGGGAGGAAGCGCAGGUCAUCAAGAGGGAGAUCCACAUCCUGUCCCGCAAGGGGGGCCCCGUGCUGCCCCCCCAGCAGCUGACGCCCCGACCACAUCCGGCGGGGCUGCUGCCUCCUCUGCCCCUCCAAGGCGGCUUCGUCGGAAACGUCAGCCCCAAAAUGUGGCCAACCAACCGGCGUGCGGCCCGCAGGACGGACGAGGGCCCGUCGCCUGGCAACCAGCCAGGGGUGAUGUGAAGAGUGGACGGAAACUCAAAUACACCAAGCACACAACGUCAAACGUUGAAAGAGGCUAAGGUCAACUCUGUCACCUGGUUGAAUCACUAUUGAGCGUAGUAAUGUUUUUUUUUAGAUGUAGUAAAAUAAAUGUUUGCUCAACCAGCCUGUCUCUGUGGUGAUACGACCUGUGGGAACACCCGGUUGACUGGGGAAAUAAGCAUGACAAGGUCAUGGUCUCUGUGUGUCCAAUCCAUGCAUGUUUGUGUGAAACAAUGAUCUACUUGGCAGUGCACUAAGUGUUUUACCUAACUUUUGGUUGAUUCUGUGAUAGGGGAGGGAGUGUGUGUAAGUGGGCUUUGAGUUUGGGAUCUUGACGUCGGCUAGACCUGUCUUUUUACGAAUGUGACUUGUGCAAUCCAAUCCCGCCAGAACACAUCUCUUGUCCAUUUUGGCCCUUUUUGUGGUUGCAUACACCCAAGUUAGACUGGGUCGUAUACUGUUAGAGUCUCAGCGUAGUGAAGACACAAUCAGGCCAUGAUCAGAUCAGAACCCCAACUGCUUAAUUAAACCACGCCUCAUGCCCUGAACAGCAUAUCAUGCCUCUCAGGUUACAUAUGAUACUAACAAUAAAAGUGCAGCGUGUAGGAUUUACCCCUCCCAUUCAAACGACGUAUGAGAAGCUGCGGUGGCCUGUACUGGUCUGUUAAGUGCUAGUAGGUACUUCUAUAAAAAGGAGUCAUUGUCUACGACACCAUCAAGUAUCCAAGACUCAAGCAAUGACGUUCAAUUCUUAGUUGUUUAGUCUGUACAUCUUUUGGUCAUAGCUUCCAAGUCAAAUAGCAAUUAUGCAAACAGACAUCAAUAUUCAGAAGUACCUAUUGAAGUGGUUUCAUAGCCUCACUCAAGUAUGGCAUGUGAUGUAUGAAGUGUGAGCCUCACUGCAGUGGGUCGAUGGAUGGGUAGAAGGAUGGAAGGAUGAGGGAAUGGAUAGAAAACUACAUUGGCUCUAUUUUCAAGUUACACUAAAUUAUCAAUAAAAUUAGAUUUUCAAUGCAA